UGGAUUGCAGCGCGGUCCAGUCUGCUGCUGGAGGAGCAAACCUGGCAACCUGGCAGCUUGUACGGAGACCGAUUGGCAAUCUGGCAAUGCGGAAAUAGAUCUGGCACCCCCGAGCCUGGACUGAGGAGAGAGGCGUGACAGAGCGAGUAAAGAGGAGCGGGGUUUGCAUUUAGAAAGAUAAAAUAUCCAACUAUUUCUUUCCGAUUAGCUUUUUUUGUUUCUUAAUUAAAGUGCUCAGGUGCGCUCUUCUGCACCAGCUGGGAUUUUUCCAGCGUUUGUUUUUCAACCUGACAAGUCUGAGAAGAAGGAAAGAAGAAGUGCGCGUUUCAUCGUUUGGAUUCCGGACUUCUUUACUGACUUUUCCUUUUCUGCGUCAAGCAUGGAUGUUUUGGCGAAUUACAGUAUUUUCCAGGAACUCCAACUCGUUCAUGACACUGGUUAUUUCUCUGCGAUGCCUUCCCUGGAGGAGAACUGGCAGCAGACAUGUCUAGAGUUGGAGCGAUAUCUACAGACGGAGCCCAAGCGGCUCUCGGAGAUCUUCGACGAGGAGCUGGACUGUCUCUUAAUGCCGAACUUCAUGCAGGGUGGGGACAGCGACGAGGAGCUGAUGGACCCGCUCCUCCCCAGCCUCCCAGACCAGCCCAGCCCGCCCCCUCUCCUGUUAACCCUUCCCAAGGUCCAGGCCAAAAUCCUCCACGUGGCCAGCAAGACCCAAGGCGAGGCAGGAACUGAAACCCUCUCACCGAAGGACCAAGUCCUGGCAGGAGUCAGUGCCGCACAGCUCAGCGCCGCGGUGACCUCCCUAACACCGCCUUCGUCACCAGAGCUCGGUCGCCACCUCGUCAAACCCACACAAACACUGACUGCGACGGCAGACGGCACACUAACGCUCAAAUUUGUGGCGAAGAAGGUAGGGUUAGGAGCAGCUAAACUGGUGGCAGCACGAGCGUUACCAUCGCCGCCGAGCCGAGGAGGAGCCCUCAGCGACGGAGAGCAGGGAGGAGGAGGAAGUCUGGGAGGAGACAUACCAGAGAACAAGAAGAGAGUCCACCGGUGCCAGUUUAAUGGCUGCAGGAAGGUUUACACCAAGAGCUCCCAUCUGAAGGCACAUCAGAGGACUCACACAGGUGAGAAGCCCUAUAAGUGCUCAUGGGAGGGCUGUGAAUGGCGUUUUGCCCGCAGUGACGAGUUGACACGACACUACCGCAAACACACCGGAGCGAAGCCAUUCAAGUGCAACCACUGCGACAGGUGUUUCUCUCGGUCGGACCACCUGGCUCUGCACAUGAAGAGGCACAUCUGAGGGCAGAAGAAAAAGGAGUGGGAGAGGGGAAGAAGCACGAGGAGGAAGAGAUAGGAGGAGAGAGGGAUGGGCAGUGGAGCUACCAACCGCCUGCCUCAUUCACCCCCUCCAUAAACCAGUCCGAAACAACGACGCCUGCAGGGCAUCCAUCUGAGGGGGCCGUAAAGAUCAAACGGACUGAAGGCCCUCUCAUUGGAGACGGGGAUAGGAGGAAUACGAGGAGUAGCUAGAUUGUUGUUUUUCUUUAAAAUUACACACUCGCACACUUGCAAUAGUGAACACGCAACACACUCGUCUUUGAAUGCAUCAUCCCGGUAAAUCCCAGUUGCUCUCAUGUGGCUCUGGAGGCUUGGACACUGCCAAACCAACAUAAACUUAACUUGCUUAUUUAAACAUUACUCCGCAUUUUUUCUUUUUCUGUAGUCAGCGUGUUCAAACCAUAAAGUCACUUUAGGUGAGGAGAUAGUUCAGUGGGGAAACUUAAAAUAUCCAUGUAGUCAGUUCUUCGUGUUUUACCGGCUUUUAAAAUCAUAUACUCAACUUUCUUGUUUGUUUUGUGUUUCUCAUACACGAAACAUAAGAAACCAUCAUCUGCCGCAGUCAGCUUCAGUAAUCUAUGUGAAGAAAACAACAACAAACAACAAAUCUGCAGGAGAGAGACUGUACGGAUUGACUAUAGCUGACAAUCGAACCCAGGGCUCAUCUGGGUGUUUUGGUGCACCCUUGGGACCUGGUCAGCGGGUGCUGCCACAGCUCUCAGGCUCUCCUCCAGUGGGUGUUUGCUUCUCUCACCUUCACUGAGACGCCUGCCGCCUCCGCAGGCCAUCUGACAGAAAUGCGCAGCGACACUUUCUUCCCUUUUUUUCUACUUAGAGGAUGAUAAUUCUUCUUAUUGUUGUUAUUACAAACAAUGACACUUUGUUCUUUUCUCUCUUGGAGAAAAUGUCUUAAAACUCCCUGAAUUGCUUUUGAGAAAAAAACUGAAAAACUAAGAAGACUUCAACAGAAUGUGUGGGAUGAGAAGGGGAGGGUUGUUGGUCUUUUAAUCCCCGUGUGCACCGGCUCUGCUUCUGCCAACUGUGAGCAACCAGUGGAUGAACAAAAAAAAUACAAUCACACCUACUCUCGGAAAAGGGAUUUGUAUUUUUUGGACUAAAAUAAAUGCAGAGAGCAGAGAGGUCUUCAUUUUGUAUGCCUCUCUUUCUGCCUGCGAUUCACUCCAGCUGAAAUACAAAACCCUUGCAUUACACUUUGUGGUCUUGCACUCUACCGGAGUGAGGCAGAGAACUCGCUAAAAACUUGGAACCCGUUUUUCUUAUUUCUUCGCUUUUUGUUCAUUCUGAAAAUCAUCCUGGAGCGCUUUCACAGACUCUGAGAUUUCAUCUUUCCGGCGGCACUGCAGGGCAUGAACGUAGGAUGAGGAGCUGCAUUUCAGUAACUCACGUGGGACUUAAGACACAAACCACCCUUUGUGUGGUGGUGCCGAAUAGAGACGGUCACCUCAGCCCGGUCAAAUUUGCCUGUUUUCGUAUCCAUUGACUGCACUGAAUUUUUUUCUAUGUUAUCUGUGCUUUUUUUCUACAGCUAAAAAAGGAACACAAAGAAAAAAAACUCAUAAAAAGACUUGAAAAAAUACGACACAAAAAACUAUUCUGUCUCGCACUACACAUUGUAUACAGAACAACCACACAUACUCCUUCAACUCACACACACACACACACUCACAAACACACACACACACACUGCAGACUUACACUGCAAUUUCUUUGCUCACGGCUCCUCUUGAGAUAAGACUAAUAAGAUUUAGGAAAAUAAUUAUUUAACUGAUGAACAGAGUUGGAAAACAAAACACUGCAUGGCAGGCUUUAUUGCUAACACACAUACACACACACACACACUUCCUGAAAUUAUAUGUUCUGCUCCCAGAUCUUUUUUCACAGUAGGAAUUUAGCAAUUGUUGUUUGUAGAAGAGUAUCUUAGCUCUCGGCUGGAGGUAACAAACGACUUCAAUCUUUUGAAGUGAGAAAUCAGCUUGUUCUCAGUUCCAACAAUCACCCACAUAUCCCUUGCUACAGUUUGUGCCUCUCAUUUAAUCAGCGAUUUUACUUCAGAAACUCUGGUUUAAGUGUUGGUUGCAAUGAAGGGUGUAAACCAAAUAUUUCACAAAUCUACAGCAGGUCUUUAAGCAAAACAGGUCAAUAAUCCUCACCAACCUCUCUAUCCUUCAUCUAUAUACAGUGAAUUAGAAUGUAUUUGCCCAAACAAAAAUAAUUACUAGAAUUAUUACAUGUGGCUCCUGGUUAAUAAAGAUUUUCAAUUAUUGAAAAAGCAGACUGGGUUGUUGGAGGUUUGAGUCAUAUGUUCCGGUUACACCAUCAAUUAUGUUGGUAAAAUUGUGCACAAAAUCUAACUCAAUGAACAGAAUCAUGACAGUUAAAUAUUUUAAAUUGUGGUCGAAAAGUUAGUCUCUGUUUGGACAUUUUGCUUGGUCACACCAACUAACAAAAUAAUGAAGUAAAUAAACUAAUUUCUUCAAAAAUCAAACAUCACCUACUGGUUCUUCAUAGCUAAAUGCAUUUAAUUGAUCUAUGACCUGAACUCAAUCAGUAAUGCUUAAAUCUCUGAUGGAAAAAAAUUGAAAAUGAGAGGCAACAACUUUGAGGAGCUCACAUCCACAACGCCUGCUUCCUUUGCUUAAUGGUUGCAGAAAAAUAAACUUGCCUUGCAAUCUGGGCAUUACUGAUACCGCCGACAUCAACACCAACACUGACGCUGCUGCUCCAUCCACCCACCACCAACAUCAUGCCCUGUAGCGCAUGCAAACAUCCUCGUUGCUGCUGACUGCUGCAGUUGGGUGAGGGUGCAGGGAUCCUGAAGCUGGCGGGGGGUUUCACAUCCCAGCGUGCCCAGUCAGUGUGCCAGUUGGCCUUGCCCGACUUCAUUAGGUGAAGCAGUGAAAACACUCCCCUUAGAGGGUUUAUGGUGCAGCUUUGAACAAUCGAUACCAAAAACCUCCAGCGUGGAACUGCCCUUUAGCCACGGGCAGAGUCUCCCCGCUCAGGAGAGAUCAGCGGGAGACUGCCUCCAUAUGAGGCCUCUGUGUCCAGCGGCAGCUUUCUCUACUUACUCUCUGUUUCUGCUAAAUACAGCGCAAAGCAACCCACUAGGAGAUGAAUCCAGUGUUUCAAUUUUUAUUUCAUUUCUUUGUUCUGUUACAAAAGCUAUAUCGAUGGUUGUUUUCUUCAGCUUGGAUGAUGCAAAGUCAUGCCAAUAUGUUGAGACAUGCAAUGGGAUGUAGAAAGAGCCCUCCAAUACAGGACGUACAAUCAGAGGGAUGGGGAUCGUAGCACUUUUGUGGGGCUUUUGAUGGCAUGAAUGUGUAUAUGUGUGUAUGUGUGUGUCCCAAUUAGGCAUACUGUGAGGGGAGCAGGGAUUCAGCAGAGGGGUUGAUAACAGAUUUUUAACUGCUGAACAUGUGUGGGAGAAAUGUUGCUUGAUAUUUUCGCUGUUUGUAAAUGCUUUUAAACUAAGCAAUGGCUGACAAUUUGUUAAUUAGGUUUUGUUCAGACCCUUCAUUUGUUCAUUAAUUCAUCCAUUCAUUUAUUCAUGAGAUUCAUUCAUAGUCCGAGAGCUGUAAGCUUGCACUUCAUUUAACGACGCUCUCAAAUGAAACUCCUCUCUAUCAGAAUAGUUUAAAUUACACUUGAUGCGUUUCUCAGAAUAAAAUCAAUAAUACACAUUUUUCAUAAGAAAUAUCAAAACCAUUUCAUACUCGUGCUAUUUGCUGAGCUGCUAAAACCACAAGAGAAUAUACUUUAUAGGGAACUGAGGGGAUUAGUCAGUGUCAUAUUGACCUAAAACUCAAAUUAAAUAAUGAUUCAAAUGUACCUGCUUCUUUAAAAAGAAAACAAUUAAUAAACAACAAAAACAUUUGCUUCAAGUACACACAGUACAGUGAUAUAUAACACAUUGAACAAGUUUGCCCCAAACUAAAUACAUUGUUCAUAUAAAGAAUAUAUACCAUUUCAGAGCAUACAUUAAAAUUGUAGCACUGGCCAGCAACUAAAAUGUCCUUCUCCCCUUUAAUUAAAAUGUUUUGACAUCUAACAGAUCUCAAAGUCAGUUUGGAUACAAUUUCCCGUAUUGUUCUCUUUGUGUAGAAGCAGGUUCUUGUCACAGUGUUGCUCUGGGUCUCUCAGGGUCCUCCAGGCAAACUAGCAGCCGUCCCACAGCUCUGAUUAGCAUUAGCACUCCAGGGUCUGCCGCUCUGGUUGCAAUUCAGCUAAUGAGAUAGCUCUGGGUCACAGGGAAACUGAGUGGUCCGGAGAAAAAUAACAACAGGGACUUUGAGCCGGACCAAUUCCAGCGCUCCUUACCCAGUGGACACAUUUGAUGUGGAAUAAACAAAAGAUACCGUUAGUAUCGAGAAAUUACAGGUGAAAUUUGUUGAAGGGAAAAAACAAUUAAAUCAGCCCCUUCAUUUGAUCUCAUGGAUUAUAGAUCAAAUAAAUGACAAUUUAUCUGCAAAGGCCCUAAGGAUAUUUUAUCCACUCUGUCACAAACCCCUCCUCCUUCACAGUUAAAGUGCCAUUCAUCUUUUCCUCCAUCUUCACCCCAUCUCCUCCUCUCUGUCCACAGCAGUUGUCCAUGCACUAUCAGCUGCAGGAUUGCUGAAUGCACACUUUACACACAUUUUGCCCAAAGAUUUGCAUAUUUGCAAGUUAACUGCUGUGAAUGUAGUAGACGUAGAGGAACUAGCCGAGAGGCAGAGAAGCAGAAAAGUAGUGUAGAAAAGAAGGUGGAGGAGAAGGGAUUGUUUUUCUAAAGUGAUGGUCCCAUUACAUCUUAAUUACCAGUACGCUCGAAGUCUUCAUGCUUCAUAACAUUCUCAGUCUCUUAUCUACUGUCAGCUGUUCACAAAUGUAAAAUAAUGUUCUCAUGGUCUUAUAGGCAGGAGUGCGGAAGCUUCAGUUUAAGUUAGCUUGUUAGCACACUGCAAAUAGUAAAGUCAUUAAAAGACACAGGAGGGCUGGAGUCUUGGGAAAUGUUAAACUGUUGAGUACAUAAGCCAAUGUUACAUCAACAAUGUAGACCAUUUCCAUACAUCCGAUGGUUACAUGGUUGAAGUCUAAAUCAAGAGGGAGAGUUCUUCUGAAGCUGUUUUCACACUGACAGGGAAGUCCACAUUUGAGAAUGGUUUGCCUAAAACUAUGAAGGUUUUUUAAAUUCUUGCUAAAUCUGCACCCUAACCAACAGUGUGAAAACAGCCUUUUGAUGUCCUCUUUGACCAGUCAGUUGUUGUGUGACAUAGUCCUUUAGAGGAAUCAGGCUUCAGUUUCCACAGUUUUCUACCAUAUCACUCUAGAAAAGGAUUGUCACUUCUGGCAGCUUUUGUAAAUAGCGUGAGAUCUUACACACAGACCGCUCUGUGUGAAACUAUGUGGCAACGGCGCCGUCUCAGACACUUCAGCGUUUCUAUAGAUCUGCUUUAGUUCACAGGAACAUUGCACUACAUCUUCAUACUUAGCUAUCGCACUCUCCAUGUGCACGCACUGCUAGCUUAGUCUGUUGGAGCACUCUGUCAAAUAUCCACUUAACAUUUGUUACACGUCCAGGAUGCACCUUACAACCAAGAACCAAUUUAUGACAGGUCCACUCCUCAUAGACCAGAGUGACAUAUUGACUUAAACCUCCACUGAAAAGCCUUUUUCAUCACUGUACCACUGGAGAAGUUUGUUCUACGUUACAAACAGUCAUGCUGGGACUUGGUUGAACUUUCUUGGUAUCUGGGACAUCCCGGAGUGACUCUGUUCGUCUGUAACUUCUGUGUUUGUCUAUGCUUAAUGUGUCAGUAUAUAAGAGAUUCACACAUCUUUACCCCUUCCCUUUGUCUGUAUAUUUCACCUCAUCCAUACCAAACCCUGUCCACCAUAACCACAAGCAGUCAGAGCCCUGUGCGGCCGAACACACUCAAAGUCUUCAGAUAU